CUCUGUAGCCAAAAUGGCUUCGCCAAAAGAAGUCGACAACUACUGUCGAAUAUUGUAUUCCUAACCGGGGGUGCUUCUUUCCUUUCUCCGUGAUGAGGCAGGUGGUGCCUGGCCCAGAAUCAUGAUGGAAAGGAAGAUUCAGUUGAAGUCUGUUAACCAGCAUAUCACGUGUAGACUUUGUAAAGGCUACCUGAUUGAUGCCACUACAAUCACAGAAUGUUUGCAUACAUUCUGCAAAUCAUGUUUGGUGAAGUACCUGGAUGACAACAACAGCUGUCCCACCUGUGAAAUUGUAAUUCAUCAGAGCCACCCCCUCAAUUUUAUCAGCCAUGACCGUACCAUGCAGGACAUCGUGUACAAGUUGGUGCCCAAUCUACAAGAAAAUGAGAAAAAGAAACAGCAGGAAUUCUACAGAUCUCGAGGGAUUCCAUUUCCAAAGACACUUUCUAACAAUGAGGAAUGUGAUAACCAGGCCACAGAAGACCAAGAUUGUCACCGUAGUGACGAGCAGGUGAACAUCUGUCUGGAGUGCAAAAGUCACCAGAUGAAGACACUCAAGCGGAAAUUCAUCCGCUGUUCCAUCAAUGCAACCAUCACCCAUAUCAAAAAGUUUGUGGCGCUCAAGGUGUUAAACAACACGUGCAGAUAUAAAGAUGUUGAUAUACUAUGCAAUGAUGAGAUUUUAGGUAAAGAUCAUACACUCAAGUUCGUGGCAGUUACAAGAUGGAGGCAAAAGGAUGUUCCCCUGCUUCUACAUUACCGACAACGCAUAGAUUUGUGACAGUAUUUCUGGGGUAGCAGCUCUGUGGUCAGCAAACAUGCUGCCUCAUGUUUUCCUUUCCUUUCCAUUUUCUCCUCUAUGAGCAUGGUUAGCAUGUGCCACUUGCACAGUUUAUUUAUGAAGAGGGCCAAUGGUUAGGCCCUGACAAGUCACACUUUGCUUUACAUUGAGAAGGGGCUGCUCAUAUGUGACAGUGUCACUGUACUCUCUUUACAAUAUACUGAUGUGCUGUUCGAUUUACAUGUGACGGUCUAGUGUCAAACAAACAUCCACGAGUUUGGAUUCAUUUACAAUUUAAGUUGGUCUUUAUCACGUGGCAUUCUCACUAAAUAUCUGGUAGCUGCUCACUGUAUAUCACCUGGUCACCAACAAGGUCUGAAGAAAUGCCUAGCCAAUCCACUGUCGGUUUAAUCAAACUUGCCUGCAUAUUUUAGGAGGAUGUUUUAGGCUGAAAACAAGGAUUGUAUUUCAUGUCAAGCAGGUGACAGUAUAGGGAGCAGCCACUAGAUCUGAGACUGUUGACAUGGGUGAUGCCCAGAAAUGUUUUAAGUAUUAGAACAAAGAUCAAAUUGAAUAUUUAUGUUAUGAUCAUUGUGCUAUAUUUAUCAUUGACUAUGUUGUGCUUUUGUAAAAAAAAAAAAAAAAAAAGGAAAAGAAGUCAGAUAAUCCCACUCAUAUACACUCAUGGUCUCAUGUUGAUUUGCCCUGUUGUCAGAUGUUACUAGGGACUGAAUGAAACAGGUGCUGGAGGAGAGUUAUGUUCUUCAUGUGCUCCAGUGCAGGGUGCCUUCAUGUGCUCCAGUGAAGGGUGCCUUCAUGUGCUCCAGUGCAGGGUGCCUUCAUGUGCUCCAGUGAAGGGUGCCUUCAUGUGCUCCAGUGCAGGGUGUCUUCAUGUGCUCCAGUGCAGGGUGUCUUCAUGUGCUCCAGUGAAGGGUGCCUUCAUGUGCUCUAGUGAAGGGUGCAUACCAUUAUUUCACCUUGUAUAAGGGGAAUUAAUGAGGAAGCACCCUAUUUAGUAUGUGGAAGGUUGAUGCUGUCAGACAGUCAACGUACAUCUACAUUCUUUCAUUCCCAUCAUGAUACAUUGUAAAGUCAAAUGACUCAUGAGACAGCUAUAGUUUUUUAUAUGUGCUUGUCACCAGGUAUCACCACUUGUCCCAGAGGCUGAUAAGCUUAUGGGAUACUAGUAUACAUUUAACUUCUAGAAACCUGUUUAUAGAAAGGAUCGGCAUGUACAUGAUCUGUUUUAUGUAAAUACUACAUCAAAUGUUUUGGAUAAGAUUGUAUAUACAUGUAUAUGAUAGUUUAUUGACUUCAAGGCUAUAUAUGAUUAAAUGUUUCAAA